GUUUCCUUGGAGUAGCAAAGUAAUAGCUAAGCAAAGUAAAAACCAGUGAUUUUCGGUGAAAAGGCAUAUAAAGCAAAUUAAUUUAGUUCAACAGUAAUAUAAAGAAAAUUUGGGAAAAUAAUUAAAAGAUGGCUAAUGUUGAAACAACAGAUGUCGAAACUUUCGCUUUCCAAGCUGAAAUUGCUCAGCUUAUGUCAUUGAUCAUCAAUACAUUCUAUUCAAAUAAAGAGAUUUUCCUUCGUGAAUUGAUUUCAAAUUCUUCUGAUGCUUUAGAUAAAAUUCGCUAUGAAUCAUUAACCGAUCCUAGCAAACUUGAUUCUGGAAAAGAACUUUACAUUAAAUUAAUUCCAAACAAGGCAGCUGGAACAUUGACAAUCAUUGAUACUGGUAUUGGUAUGACUAAAGCCGAUUUAGUUAACAAUUUGGGUACCAUCGCCAAAUCUGGAACCAAAGCUUUUAUGGAAGCUUUACAAGCUGGUGCUGAUAUUAGUAUGAUCGGUCAAUUUGGUGUAGGUUUCUACUCUGCAUAUUUAGUAGCUGAUAAAGUUACUGUUACUUCUAAACACAAUGAUGAUGAACAAUAUACAUGGGAAUCGUCUGCUGGAGGUUCUUUUACAAUAAGAACAGAUCAUUCAGAACCAUUAGGACGUGGUACCAAAAUUGUUCUUCAUAUUAAAGAAGAUCAAGCUGAAUACUUGGAAGAAAGUAAAAUUAAGGCUACAGUUCAAAAGCAUUCCCAAUUUAUUGGAUACCCAAUUAAAUUGUUGGUUGAAAAAGAACGUGAAAAAGAAGUAAGUGAUGAUGAAGCUGAAGAAGCUACAGAAGAAGAAAAAAAAGAUGAUGAACCUAAAUUAGAAGAUGUAGGUGAAGAUGAAGAUGCAGAUAAAGAUAAAAAUAAGAAAAAGAAGAAAACUAUCAAAGAAAAAUAUGUUGAUGAUGAAGAACUUAACAAAACUAAACCCAUUUGGACACGUAAUGCCGAUGAUAUUUCACAAGAAGAAUACGGAGAAUUUUAUAAAUCAUUAACAAAUGAUUGGGAAGAUCAUUUGGCAGUUAAACACUUUUCAGUAGAAGGUCAAUUGGAAUUCAGAGCAUUACUUUUUGUACCAAGACGUGUUCCAUUUGACUUAUUUGAAAAUAAGAAAAAAUGUAAUAACAUCAAAUUAUAUGUUCGUCGCGUGUUUAUCAUGGAAAAUUGCCAAGAUUUAAUUCCCGAGUGGUUGAAUUUCAUUAAAGGUGUUGUAGAUUCAGAAGAUUUACCUUUAAAUAUUUCACGUGAAAUGUUACAGCAAAAUAAAAUUCUUAAAGUAAUUCGAAAGAAUUUAGUGAAAAAAUGUAUUGAACUCUUCGAAGAAUUAAGUGAAGAUAAAGAAGGAUACAAAAAAUUCUAUGAUCAAUUCAGCAAAAAUAUUAAAUUGGGCAUUCAUGAAGAUACACGCAACCGUCAAAAAUUAGCUGAUUUCUUAAGAUUCCACACAUCAGCUUCUGGUGAUGAAUACUGUUCACUUGCCGAUUAUGUUAGCCGUAUGAAGGAAAACCAAAAACAUAUUUACUUCAUCACUGGUGAGAGUAAAGAACAAGUAAGCAACUCAGCCUUUGUUGAACGAGUUAAGAAACGUGGAUUCGAAGUUGUUUACAUGACAGAACCAAUUGAUGAAUAUGUCAUCCAACAUUUGAAAGAAUAUCAAGGAAAACAAUUGGUAUCUGUUACUAAAGAAGGUUUAGAAUUACCAGAGGAUGAAGAAGAAAAGAAAAAGCGUGAAGAAGAUAAAGCUAAAUUUGAAGGUCUUUGCAAACUUAUGAAACAAAUUUUGGAUAAUAAAAUUGAGAAGGUCACUGUAUCAAACCGUUUAGUUGAUUCACCAUGUUGUAUUGUAACAUCCCAAUUUGGUUGGUCUGCUAAUAUGGAACGUAUUAUGAAAGCUCAAGCACUUCGUGAUUCUUCAACAAUGGGAUAUAUGGCUAGUAAAAAGAAUCUUGAAAUCAAUCCAGAUCACCCAAUUAUUGAAACAUUACGUCAAAAAUCUGAAGUAGAUAAAAACGACAAAGCUGUCAAAGAUUUAGUUAUUCUUCUUUUUGAAACAUCAUUACUUUCAUCUGGUUUUUCAUUGGAUAGUCCACAAGUUCAUGCUUCAAGAAUUUACAGAAUGAUUAAAUUAGGUUUAGGAAUUGAUGAGGAUGAACCAAUUGUUAAUGAGGAGGAAAUGCAACAACCUGCAGCAGCUGAGCCCGCAGCUGAUGCUGAAGAUGCUCUUCACAUGGAAGAAGUUGAUUAAGUAGAUAGAAUGAAAUCUGCUUACAAAAUGUAAAGAUCUUAAUUGCACAAUUUUGUUCUACUUUUAAGAUUUUAAUUUUUUUUUUAACAUUUUUAAUUCAAUAAUAAAAUUGUAAUUUUUUUUUGCAUGAGUAUAUGUAAUAUUAUAAAUUAUGUAUAUUUAAUGACAAAAACAGGAUUUUUGUUAUAUAUAUGUGUUAUUGCAUUUUUAAAACGAUAAAAUUAAUUAAAACAUAAAUUAACAUGAUUUGUUAGUUAUACAAAAAAUAAAUCUUAAAUAUUAAGGAAAUUAUUUUAAAAACGAUAAAAAUUGUGCAUACAGUUAGAACUCAAUCUCACAUUUAAAUGCUUCAAAAAUUCUAUGUUUAACAGAAAUUAAAGCAUUCCAUCAAAUUAAUUCCUAACGCUUUUUUUUCAAAAUAUGAAUGAGAAACAAAACAAGUAUUCAAUAAAAUAAUUUUUUGCUAAAAUAA